GACUGUUGCAGGCUGGGUAUGUGGCGCAUGAGUAUGCGUUUCGGGAUGUAACGGCUGUUUCUCGGAGUAGCGAUACUAAAUUAAAAUAUAGAUAUACCCGGGGGACUCCGGAGAUAGCGUACCGAAGGAGACCGGGCACAAACUAACGGAGUUUACGACAGCUCGGAGUGGAGGGAGACUCGGGAGCGUGGCAGGAGGGACGCUCUAUAGCAAAUCCAACCUACACCGCACGCAGAAAUGGCGGAACACCACGCAGCCAGCGACGGCAAGCACAAAGCGUCCACCAAUGCCGGGGGCUCGGUGCACGGGAACAGCCGACCCGGCGCCGCGGGUGGAGGAGGGGGCAAGGGAGGCCUGUCUGGUGGACUGACACAACCGGCAGGGUGGCAGUCUUUACUCUCGUUUAGCAUUCUUUUCCUGGCCUGCCUGGCCGGAUUCAGCUCCAGACUUUUCGCCGUGAUCCGGUUCGAGAGCAUCAUCCACGAGUUUGAUCCAUGGUUCAAUUACAGAUCAACGCACCAUCUCACCACAAAUGGCUUCUACGAGUUCCUCAACUGGUUUGAUGAAAGGGCCUGGUACCCCUUGGGCAGGAUCGUUGGUGGCACAGUAUACCCGGGGUUGAUGGUGACUGCCGGCCUCAUCCACUACGUGCUCAACCUGCUCCACAUCAGCGUCCACAUCCGUGAUGUAUGUGUCUUUCUGGCACCGGUGUUCAGCGGUCUGACAGCCAUCUCCACCUUCCUGCUGACGCGGGAGCUGUGGAACCAGGGUGCAGGGCUGCUGGCGGCCUGCUUCAUCGCCAUCGUGCCUGGCUAUAUCUCCCGCUCUGUCGCUGGCUCGUUCGACAAUGAGGGCAUCGCCAUCUUUGCCCUGCAGUUCACCUACUACCUCUGGGUGAAGUCAGUGAAGACUGGCUCUGUAUUCUGGACCAUUGGCUGCUGUCUUUCCUACUUCUACAUGGUGUCAGCAUGGGGAGGUUACGUGUUUAUCAUCAACCUGAUUCCUCUGCAUGUGUUUGUGCUGAUGCUGAUGCAACGCUACAGCAGAAGAGUCUACAUCGCUUACAGCACUUUCUACAUUGUGGGCCUUGUGCUGUCGAUGCAGAUUCCUUUCGUCGGCUUUCAACCAAUCAGGACCAGCGAGCACAUGGCUGCUGCUGGUGUGUUUGCACUUCUCCAAGCCUAUGCCUUCCUGCAGUACCUGAAGGACAGGCUGACCCGACAGGAGUUCCAGACACUGUUCUUCCUCGGAGUUUCUCUGGCUGCCGGCGUGGUCUUCCUCACUGUGAUAUAUCUCACAUACACAGGAUACAUUGCUCCAUGGAGUGGUCGGUUCUACUCUCUCUGGGACACCGGCUAUGCUAAGAUCCACAUCCCCAUUAUAGCGUCUGUAUCGGAGCACCAGCCGACCACGUGGGUCUCCUUCUUCUUCGACCUCCACAUCCUGGUCUGCACGUUCCCAGCAGGCCUCUGGUUCUGCAUCAAGAACAUCAAUGAUGAACGAGUGUUUGUGGCCCUGUAUGCCAUCAGCGCGGUCUAUUUUGCUGGUGUGAUGGUGCGUCUGAUGCUGACACUGACUCCGGUGGUAUGCAUGCUGUCUGCGGUGGCCUUCUCCAGCGUCUUUGAGCAUUACAUGGGAGAUGACACGAAGAGGGAGAAGCCACCUGCUGAAGACAGCAGUGACGAGGACGACAAGAGGAAUUCUGGGAAUCUUUAUGACAAGGCCGGGAAGGUGCGUAAACAUGUGUCAGAGCAGGAGAAGGCCGAGGAGGGUUUGGGUCCAAACAUCAAGUCCAUCGUCACCAUGCUCAUGUUGAUGCUGCUGAUGAUGUUCGCCGUCCACUGCACCUGGGUGACCAGCAACGCCUACUCCAGCCCCAGCGUGGUGCUCGCCUCGUACAACCACGACGGGACGCGAAACAUACUGGAUGACUUCAGGGAGGCCUACUACUGGCUGAGGCAGAACACUGACGAGCACGCACGCGUCAUGUCGUGGUGGGACUACGGUUACCAGAUAGCCGGCAUGGCCAACAGGACUACUCUCGUUGAUAAUAACACAUGGAACAACAGUCAUAUAGCGCUGGUGGGGAAAGCCAUGUCGUCCAACGAGAGCGCAGCCUACAAAAUCAUGAGGUCGCUGGAUGUGGACUACGUGCUGAUUAUCUUCGGAGGUGUCAUCGGUUACUCAGGCGAUGAUAUAAACAAGUUCCUUUGGAUGGUGAGGAUAGCAGAGGGAGAGCACCCCAAGGACAUCAGGGAGAGCGACUACUUCACCCCUCAGGGAGAGUUCAGAGUGGACAAGGCCGGUUCACCAACUCUUCUCAACUGCCUCAUGUACAAGAUGUCCUACUACCGAUUUGGUGAAAUGCAGCUGGACUUCCGGACACCCCCCGGCUUUGACCGAACACGUAACGCUGAGAUUGGCAACAAGGAUAUCAAGUUUAAGCACCUGGAGGAGGCGUUCACCUCGGAGCACUGGCUGGUGAGGAUCUACAAGGUCAAGAACCUGGACAACAGGGAGCCGCUGGAGCACAAGCUGCGCAGCGUGGUGCCCAAGCAGAAGUACACCUCCAAAAAGACUGCCAAGAGGAAGCGAGGACACAUCAAGAACAAGCUUGUCCUGAGGAAAGGCAAGAAACUACAAAAAAAAUAAAAGGUGACGAUGAACUCUUCUAGGAAAACAAACAAACAACUGCGAAGAAACCUCCAACAACCAAUGAAGAAGAACACAGGGGCCGUUUAUCUGGCACUUGGUCUCAAGCGCUUCUCAUUAGAGCGCCCCCGUGUGUUGAGGAAGUCUCAUCUCUGGCUAGCUCCAGAACUGUUGUCCGUUUUAUCCUGAAGAUCUUUGUUUUUGCUUCAUUUCUCCUGGUUUUUUUUCUUGUUUUGUUUUUUUUCUUUGUACUUGAAUGUGUGGCGAGGCAUAGGGCUGCUCUACUUGGUUCAGCGUCGAUUAAUUUUUGUGGUACAUUUAAUUAACUGCUUAUCAGUGCGGGGCAUCGGGGGUGUGAGGAGGUGAAGGGGGGAACGAGAGAAGACUAGGAACAUUUGCACCAAAGACCCAUCGACCUUGCUCCAUGGCACAUGUGAACUCAUUACUGAGAGUGAGGAAGCGCAGAAGUGAAAGCUUGAGGACUUGUUCCUGACACGUGUACAGAGGACCGUAUGCGGUAUGGGGGAACGUCACCGUCUAGGCACAGCCCAUCUGUAAUAUUAACCUUUUUAUCAUCAUCCUCUCCUUUAUGUCUGCCUGGCUCCCUGACCUUCUUUUUUGCAACAAAUUCUUUAGAAAAAAAAAUUGGCCUAAUGUGUAAAUAUGUUAUGUAAAGAAUAAGUCUAAAAGGAUGAUAAUAUAUUGGAUUAUUGUGGUGAUUUUUAAAUAUGCAGUUGUCAGUUAUUCUCUUAAUUUCUUUAUGUGAUUUUGUUUUUUGUAUGACAGCAAAUAGAACAGUGAAUGCAAUAAUUCUUGUACAGAGGGGCUUGAGAUUUUGUUGGAAGAAUGAAUGUGAAUUUUUACAAUGUUCCCCCCAACACACACACACGCACCCCCUUUUUCAUUAAAUUGCAUAGAUUGUACAUUUCUGCUGCUAGGGUUUUAAAGACGGAAAGCAAGCAACUGUGUGUAAAAAGUAGUGAUAAUAAAUUAGGCCUCCCUUCCUGCAGAGGGAGCUCUCUAGUUUAGUGUGCAAAGCCUAGUGCCUCAUUGCUGGUCACCAUCGCCUCGAUAAUUUGUGACUGUCUACUCUGUUAGCGUUUUGUUUCAGCUCAUCAUGUAUCAAUGCGGCGGCGGGGGCGGCGGCGGGUCGGGUGCUUCGACCACACUGAGGCAUUGGAAAACUGGGAAUUUUUCAAGAUGUCUGGAAUAGACAGGUGAACUGUGAAGGGGGGUAGUUAGUACACAGGCACUGAAACUGAGAAAAGACACCCGAGGUCAGGAGAGGUCCAGACUUCCAUCUCUGUCUGAGACGACGGUGGACUAACGGCCGUCUUUAUGGUCCUUGUAGAGCUGUGUCCUUAACUCCACUGAACAUCUAAAAGAUAUUUUGUAAAAUUCACACUGUAGAAUUAACCACUAUUCUCAAAAAUGUCCAUAAGCUUUAGCUUUUAUCUGCUGAUUUAUUUUUUCUCAAUUUGUUGUUUGUCUAUAAAAUGUCCCAGAGUCCAGGGUGACUUCUUGAAAUGUCGAGUUGUUCGACCAGCCGUCCAGAACUUCUAAAUAUUAAAUGUACACAGAUAUAAAAGCAGCAAAUACUCGCACUGAAGGAGCUGCAUGAUUUGGAGAAAUAAAUGUAAUUAUUACUUUUAUUGCGAUAUGAUUCACAAUAUUGGAGGGAAUCUUUUUUUUCCUUUUUUUUUUUACACAUAUUACACCCUCCUGAAAAUGGAUUUUGCACUUGACCAUAUUAAAAUAAAAAUGCAUUUUUAAAUAAAAAAUAAUUAUGCAGCUCUACAUGGUACAAACUAAUAGGUAGCAUUUUUGCUUUAAAUGACAAACUUGAUUAUUAAACAAGUAGAUGCCAAUUUAAGAGUUCUUCCAUGAGAUUAGAAAGGAUUAUAUGCGGUCAGACUUUUCCUGCUUUUGAAAUCUCUAACUUUUAGUGCAAACUCUGAAUCCUGCAUUUCCCAUGAUGCAAUUCAAUAGCAUCUUACAAUUGGACCCUACAUGUCUGGUAAACGCGUCUUUCAAACUCCACACUGCUCAGUUUGUGACAGGUUUUCUGGGGGAAAAAAUAAAUUAAAAAAAUUAAUGAAAUAGAUGGAGUGGCCUUUUUAAUUUUCUGUCAAUCAAUCGACUUAUUCUAACUCUAGUAAGCAUACUAGAUGUGAUGCUCUAUCUCCUGUGAAAAAAAAAACUAAAAAAAGAAAAAAAAAUUCUUGAAUUGUAUUUUCACUGCUAUACUCAAUAUUAGUAUAGUAGUA